AGAUUUCUCGCUACUGUUUCUCUUCCAGAUGUCAUCCAAGCAAAUCGACUCCAUGCUGUAGACAUCACCUCAAGCAGCUUCCGUCUGAUGUGGCCUGAACUCCUCUCUCAGGAAACUGGCUACUACACCCUAGAGUAUGCCCCAACAGACGACCUUGCAAGGAAGAGGACAAAGCAAGUGUCUGGGGCUCACACUAGCCUCGUGCUAAGCAACCUUGCACCAGAAACUACUUACGAGGUGGCUCUCGUUCCCGAAUCCAACGUCCACUACUUCCCUCCCCAGACAACAAGGGUCACUACCCUGGCAGAGGAAAUAAGCCCAGUUCAGGUUCUCAUCUCAGAGUCUGGGCCGCACAGCUUCCAUGUGAGUUGGGCUCCUACACUGGACAGUGUGAGCAGCUAUCAGAUCCUGUACGGACCGCUCCCUGGGAACUCGGUGAAGCUGCUGGAGGUGGAUGGCAAGGACAACAGCACAGUGGUGGAGAAUCUGGCACCCAAUACAACCUACCUAGUGACAGUGACUGCAAUCUACAAAUCGGGAAAGGAGAAAUCCCUGUCGGCUAAAGCCUGCACUCAGGAAGAGGGCUCCAAAGUGAGGCACCUUCGCUUCGAAGACAUGGGCCCCAACACCCUGAAAGCCUCCUGGGACUCUGCCGACGGGAAAGUCCUGGGUUACAGGGUCAGAUGCCGGCGGCAAACAGGCCCUUCGUCGGUCAUCAGCGUUUCGCCGCAGAUCCACAGCGUGCUCCUCACAGACCUGGCUUCGGGCACCACUAACAAAGUGUGCGUGAAGCCCGUGUACAAGAACCAGCCAGGCAAAGGGCUGUGCCGCAUGGUGCACAUGCAGCCAGCUACAGAUGCCCAAGGAUAUAAGCACAGAGAGAGAGCAUGA